UGCUCAAGCGAUACGCCCAACUUCGCCGGCAAGUUCGCUGCCGGCAAGUUGGCCGAUGCCCGCGAUGCGCCCGAUGUGGGCUUGGGUCUUUGUGGCAGGGGCCCUGGCGCAGGAUCUGGGGGCUGUCAAGGACCUGUUUGAGAAGGCUGGCGUCGAUGAGGAUGAUCUUCGCGCUUUGGAGGAGGAUCAGCCGAUCCAGGCAGAAACCAACGAUGAGAGGGUCAGGACAACGUGCAGAGGCUGCGACUGCUAUCACCCAUGGAUGGGCCAAGAGUAUGCAGGCUUGACGUACUGCACGGACUUCAACGACGCCUCAGCCCACCUGCCGCCGAGCAUGAAGUGCCUGGUGCACAACUCCCAUUGCGAGGGGGGCACGGAAGGACAAUGCGGCCCAAAUUGUCCCAGGUACACCACCCACGGCUGCGAGUGUGCAAGGAAUUGGGCUGCAAGCGGCCAUGAGUGCCGCGACUCUUGCUGCAACCCAACCGGCACCACGGCGUGGGACUGGUGCAUGGUGAAGGACCCCAGCUGCCAGGGCAUGGCCUGGGGCCCCUGCGCGGCCGCGGAGAAGCCCGCGCCUCCCCAGAGGAAAACCUCGAAAGGGUGCAAGUGCGCCAACGGCUGGAGUGUCAACGUGGAAGGCGGUGUGCAGCACUGCUACGACUUCUGCUGCUCUCCCCCCGGUCUUGACCUGGGGGGUGAGGUCUGCGUGGUGCAGGAUGAGGCCUGCGAGGGCCAGCGCAUUGGCCGCUGCCGGCCGCCCCACUGAGACGGAAAAUCCCACCGCACCAACCGCGCGCGACGCGAGUCGCGAGCGUAGACUAGUCGACCGCGCCGAGAGAUGCGCGCGUGGUUUGCCGAGGAGCUGGCUGGAAAGAUGCAUGUUGGAGCAGUUUCCGCGGCUUA